CAAUUGUCCGUCGUUGGAUGGCAGUAAUAAGUAGAGAGAUGUAAACACGUAUCAGACGCGGAGAGAGCAAACUCUGCGGAGAUCCUUACUGAGUAUCUAAUAUCUCCUGUCCCCGUGUCGCCGACGACUUGCUAAUCCACUCACGAGACGGAUCGGUUUCGUUUUUGCAGUGUUUACAUUUGUUCUCUAUAUAUAUAAUGGCCGCUCCACCAGCUAGGGCUCGUGCGGAUUACGAUUACUUAAUAAAGCUCCUCCUCAUUGGCGACAGCGGUGUGGGGAAGAGUUGCCUGCUUUUGCGGUUUUCAGAUGGUUCCUUCACAACAAGUUUCAUUACGACCAUUGGCAUUGAUUUCAAGAUAAGAACUAUUGAGCUUGAUGGUAAACGGAUUAAGUUGCAAAUUUGGGAUACAGCUGGUCAGGAGCGGUUUCGGACUAUCACAACAGCUUACUACCGAGGAGCCAUGGGUAUCUUGCUGGUAUAUGAUGUCACAGAUGAGUCAUCUUUCAACAACAUUAGGAACUGGAUUCGCAACAUAGAACAACAUGCUUCUGAUAAUGUCAACAAGAUACUGGUGGGUAACAAAGCUGACAUGGACGAAAGCAAGAGGGCUGUUCCCACCUCCAAGGGUCAAGCUCUUGCUGAUGAGUAUAAUAUCAAGUUCUUUGAAACAAGUGCAAAGACGAAUAUGAAUGUGGAGGAGGUUUUCUUUUCAAUAGGAAGGGAUAUAAAGAAGAGGCUGGCGGAAACUGAUUCCAAGGCUGAGCCUCAGACAAUUAGGAUCAACCAACCAGACCAGGCGUCUAGCAGUGGUCAAGCCGCCCAGAAAUCUGCCUGCUGUGGUUCAUAAUUCGGAUAAAAACAUUGUUAGAGGGGAAGGGUCCUGCAAGUGGCACUUUGAGGGUGCAAAAACUAACAGUUGAUGACGAAAUGGCCGUCCACGACUCUAUUGCCCUACUUAUUUAUACGACCAAUACUUGCAUUAAGAAGUUGUUAUUUUGCUUUGAUUUGUGGAGUUUACUAUAUGAUUUUUCCCUUCAUCCCUCUUCUGGCUUAUUUUAUUCUUGUUUUCCCCCUUCGUUUAAUUUUAUUUUUGUUUAUUUUAACCCCUUGCGGAACUUGUGGUUAUGGAUUCUUAAUAGUGGGUUUGUGGAUUUGAUGUAAGAUAAAUAGAAGAAUCCUUCUGAUCUUUCAAGCAAUCUAGGAUGUUAUAUGUGCUUGUUAUUGUAAUUGGUAUUAUCAUAGAAUAAUUAUUAAGUAUGAUUUUUGGCUCA